AUGUUUUUCAAUCAACGUAAAUUAAAGCUAAUUGGAUUUGUAGUCUUCUGUAUAUUAUUGGGUUUCGGUUUUUAUGAAGGAUUUGUUAACAUAGAAAAUGUAUCAUCAUUCACUAUGCCAAGAAAACAAUUACGUGUAAAUGACCAUGAAUUAUACGAUAAACAAGUGAGUAAUUACGAAGAGAAUGAAGUUAAUAACGUAAAUAAUAACAAUGAUGUCCAAGACGUUAAGAGCCGUCUGCAUGAGUUAGAAGAAAAGGUCCAUCAAAUGGAAUCCAAGACAGAUAAUCGUGUACCCAAAAUAUUCCCAAGUGUUAAAUUCUUAAAUUACAAAAAUAGAAGACGAAUAUUAGUUACCGGAGGUGCUGGUUUUGUUGGCUCUCAUUUGGUCGAUCGUCUGAUGCUCGAAGGACACGAAGUCAUUGUAGUGGAUAAUUUUUUUACUGGGAGAAAACGCAACGUCGAGCAUUGGGUAGGCCACGAGAACUUCGAACUGGUUCAUCAUGAUAUUGUUAGACCUGUUUAUCUUGAGGUAGAUGAGAUUUAUCAUCUUGCUAGUCCUGCUAGUCCGCCUCAUUAUAUGCAUAAUCCUGUUAAGACUCUUAAAACUAAUACCAUUGGGACUAUUAAUAUGCUUGGACUGGCAAAACGAGUUGGUGCUAAAGUACUAAUUGCAAGUACGUCUGAAAUUUAUGGCGACCCGAUGGAACAUCCGCAAUCAGAGACAUAUUGGGGCCAUGUCAAUCCAAUUGGCCCAAGAGCGUGUUAUGAUGAAGGAAAACGUGUAGCUGAAACUCUUAGUUACGCUUAUAUGCGACAAGAAAAUAUUAAAGUACGCGUUGCGAGAAUUUUCAAUACCUUUGGACCGCGAAUGCACAUGAAUGACGGGAGAGUUGUGUCAAAUUUCAUCCUCCAGGCGCUCCAAAACGACUCAAUAACGAUUUAUGGUAAUGGAGAACAGACCAGGUCGUUUCAAUAUGUUUCGGAUUUAGUUGAUGGACUUGUAACUCUUAUGGCAUCUAAUUAUACUCAGCCGAUAAAUAUUGGAAACCCCGUGGAACAUACUAUUGAAGAGUUUGCCAUGAUUAUUAAAGACUUGAUUGGUGGGACGAGUAAAAUAAUCCGACUCGCUGCCGUCGAAGACGAUCCGCAAAGACGUAAACCAGAUAUAUCGCGUGCUAAAAAGUAUCUUAACUGGGAACCCAAAGUAUCUUUAACAGAAGGUUUAAAAAAAACAAUUGCAUAUUUUGUUAAAGAAUUACAAAGAACUAAACAUUUACAAAAAGAUAUGGCGCGUAUUCCAUUCGUUAAUGAUCAUAAUAUAGUAGAUCAGUUAUAA